AAUUAGACAUCACUCCAUCUGUUGAUGUGUAGUAAAAAGGUAUUCAACAUUUCUGCCAUUAAAAUGUGAUAAUAUGUCAGCACUGUGACCCAGCUUGUCCUAUCGAAGAUGUUAGAACUGUGGGCUCAAGGGUACUGUAGUGUUUUGCUACUAUUUGAUAUUCCUUGCCUCUCUAUCUUUGAUUAAUUAGUUUUAAUAUCCGAAAGUACAAUAAGCACUGUCUAUGAACAAUCUGCCUCUCCCCCUGCCAGCUCUCUCUCUCUCUUCUCUCUCUCCCUCUCUAUCUGUCCCUUUCAUCAUGUCACACCCUCCCCUCUUCAUUUUGUCAUCCCCCUCUCCACCUGUGGUACCCCUCCAUUUGUUCAGUGAGGUCAUCCCUCUAUUCUCCCUAAUCCUGCGAGCCGGUGCUCGUCUUUCGGCCUCUGCUUAAUCCGCCUGUGGCCCCCGGCCCUACACACACACACAUCUGCACAUUUGUGCCCACAGACUCACAGUUAUUCUUGUAUUGUAUACUUGGACACUCAGUAAUUCUUACAGCAUGCAUACACACAUAGUCAUUCAGACAACACACACACACACACACACACACUAUCCCUCCACCUCUCUGUAUAAAACUCCCCCCGUACAAUAGCCAUUCUGUCUGUCUCUGUCUGUUGCUCUCUUGCAUCUGGUGAUACCACACCUUCAUACAGUCAUGUCAGAUGUAGAAGAGGAGUACGAGGAACAGACAGAUGAGGUUGAAGAGGAGCAGGAGGUCGAGCCUGAGCAGGAGGAGGAGGAGACGCAGCAGGCAGAGGAGGAUGUAGGAGAGCAGCAAGAGUAUCAAGAGGAGGAGCGCCCCAAACCAAAACCCAUGGUGCCUCAACUUGCCCCUCCGAAGAUCCCUGAGGGGGAGAGAGUGGAUUUUGAUGACAUCCACAGAAAGCGUAUGGAGAAGGACUUACUGGAGCUGCAUACUCUAAUCGAUGUCCACUUCGAGCAGAGGAAGAAGGAUGAGGAAGAACUCAUCGGCCUCAAGGAACGAAUUGAGCGUCGUCGGUCAGAGAGAGCUGAGAUCCAGAGAGUCAGAGCAGAGAAGGAGAAAGACAGACAGAACAGGAUCGCGGAGGAACGCCACAGAAAAGAGGAAGAGGAAGCCAAGAAGAAGGCCGACGAUGAGGCCAAGAAGAAGAAAGUGCUGUCUGGCAUGGGAGCAAACUUUGGAGGCUUCCUGGCCAAGGCUGAGUCGAGGAGGGGCAAGCGUCUAACAGGCAAAGAGAUCAAGAAGAAGACUCUGGCUGAGAGACGGCAGCCACUGGGCAUCGAAAGUCUGAGAGAGGACGGCCUCAGGCAACGGGCUCAGGAGAUGUGGAACUGGAUCUACCAGCUGGAGUCUGAGAAGUUUGACUACAUGGAGCACAUGAAACACCAGAAAUACGAGAUCAUUGUGCUGCUGAACAGAAUCCAACAUGCUCAGAAGUUUAAAAAGGUCCACGGCAAAGGGAAGGUCGGCGGUCGCUGGAAGUAAAGGAAGAGAAAAGAGAAGCGAAAUAAAAAAAACAAACAAAAAAAAAACACUGAUAACAAAAUAGUGGAGGCAGUAUAGAAAUGGAGGAAUCGCACAUUUCCUCUCUCUCUGGUUUUUGUAGUGUCAGAGCCAGUCUGUAGACCUUUCCUGUGUGGCAGAUACUGAAUGUUUCUUGUUAAGAUGUAUCAAUAAUUAAAACAACAUCCACUCAAUUUUGA